GACUCCCGAGUCUGUCUCCCGAGUCUAUUCUCGCGGGAACGCGAGUCCGUUCUCGCCGUCUUAGGUAUUGAGAAACGGCCUGCUUCAUUAUCGAUUGGCCGAUUGACAGAAUCAGACCACUUUGAUCCACGCAGUGCGCGUGCGUGACCCGUCCUACGGGUGCCCGUGCGGUCUUGAGCCAAAUCCGCACGGGAAAUAUCACCGACAACAACUUUUGGACUCUCCUCCGAACAGGGUGACCGUAAAGUACGGAAGCACUGCUAUGAGCGCGUCUACGGUGAAUAUUUGGGCAGCAAAACAAUGCUGUUCAGCAAGAGAAGCAUAACGCGGGAUGUUUCUCUUAGCAGCGGACGCUAACCGCGGAAAAAAAAUCAAAAUUUUUGACUGUUAGCUGCUCUUGUGUAGCAAAUUAGCUCGAACCGACCCUUGAGUCGGUCAACCGGCACGUCAGCUUUAUCCCGUGUUAACGUCACCGUGCACGGCUAAUGACAAAGUACAGUAUUAUGAUUAAAACCAGCACGUAGCCUGUUGGGUGUGUGCGCUUUACCGCUUCUCUUUUUGGUUAUACAGACAAGACGUAAGUACUUAUUCAAAAGUAAAAGUAUAAAUUACAUCUUUUGGGCAGAACUUUGUAAAAUAAUUGCGGUGUGUUGUUUCCUCUAAAAUCCCCAAUUUAUACUCCAUCAGUUAAGUAUCAGUAGAAACUUUUAAGAACAUAACGUUACAUGGACUGUUUCAUACAGCUAUAGUGCACUCUAAGUUAAGGGGACUUAUACUAGAGGUUGUUCUCUUAAUUAUGUUGCUCUUCUUUCAUACCGAUUAAAUGAGCAUUGUUGAAAGGAUCUUGGAUUUUUAAGUUUCCCAUUGCCAAACGUGGCAUCUGCGGUGCAAAGGUUACACUGCGGCCUCCGCACGACCACAACAAGCCAGCCGAUGCAGAUAAGCUAUUGGGUCAGGACAUCCAUUCAGCAUGUGAACACGGGCCCAGUGUGAGCUGACCAUGGAGGCUGUGGCACUGAUUUGAGGAACAGUAGAAGACACGUCUCUACAAUGGGGAGUCAGAGGCACAGUUCCAAGAAGGAAUGCUUCAUUUUGUCAGUGGAUGUUGGAACCACAUCCAUCAGAUGUCACGUCUAUGACAAGGAGGCAAACGUGCGAGGAGCGUGCACCACCGAGGUUGUUCCUUUGUAUCCAGAAACCGGAUAUGUGGAGAUGGAUCCAGAUGCAAUUUGGAAAGGGUUUAUCACUGUGGUUAAAGGAGCUGUGCAAGAUGCAGGAGUACAAAUGCGUCAGAUAGAGGCCAUGGGCAUCUCCACUCAACGAGGAACAUUCACAACAUGGGACAGGACCACCGGGGUUCCUUUCCAUAACUUCAUCAGCUGGCAGGAUCAGAGGGCUGCAGACCUGGUAAAAUCCUGGAACAGCUCCUGCACAAUGAAGGCAAUCCAUGCCUCGAUGAAGGUGAUCUACUUAGUGACCAGGCAGAAGCGGGCGCUUGCAGCAAGUCUUAUCGUCUUCUCCACUCAACACGUCACCUUCCGCCUCGUCUGGGCCCUAACACACUACAAGCAGGUUCGUCAAGCAGUUGCUGAAGAUAACUGCUGCUUUGGAACAAUAGACACCUGGAUCCUGUUCAAACUCACGAAAGGUCGGGUCCAUGCCACGGACUACUCCAACGCCAGUUCAACGGGAAUCUUUGACUCUUAUCAGAUGUGCUGGAGUGGCUUUCUCAGCUUUCUUGUUUCACUGCCUCUCUCUAUUUUCCCCAAAGUAGAAAAUACAGACCAUUACUUUGGUUCCACAGACCCGUCCAUCUUCGGAGUGUCCAUUCCCAUCCUGUCAGUGAUGGCGGACCAGCAGGCGGCCAUGUUUGGAGAGUGUUGCUUUGACGUUGGUGAUGUCAAGAUCACUAUGGGAACAGGCACCUUCAUGAACAUCAACACCGGGAGCAAACCGCAUACGUCCGUAGCUGGUCUGUAUCCUGUGGUGGGCUGGAAGAUUGUCUCCGAGGUGGUGUAUCUGGCGGAAGGCAAUGCAGCAGACACUGGCACCGCGAUCAAAUGGGCUCAGGAGCUCGAGCUCUUCUCUGACGUCCAGGAGACCAGCGACAUGGCCUACAGUGUCAGCCACUCAGACGGAGUGUGUUUCGUCCCUUCCUUCAGCGGCCUGCAGGCUCCUCACAAUGAUCCCAAAGCUUGUGCCUCCCUUAUGGGCCUCAAACCUUCUACCACUAAAAGUCAUCUGGUUCGAGCCAUUCUGGAGUCCGUCGCCUUUAGGAACAAGCAGCUAUAUGAGACCAUGCUGAGAGAAACUUGCAUUCCCAUCACAAAGAUCAGGGUGGAUGGCGGUGUUUCAGCCAACGACUUCGUCAUGCAGCUGACUGCAGACCUGUUUGGAAGAAAGAUAUCAAGGCCCCAACACUACGAAACGUCAUGUUUAGGGGCUGCUUUUCUCGCUGGACUCGGAAAAGGCUUCUGGAGGACCAAGGAAGAGCUGAAAAGGCUGCAGGUCAUCGACAAAACCUACUUGCCCCAAGGAGCACCCAAGGGCGGUGCUUGCAGCCCGAAUGUGGAAUACAUCCCGGCCCUCCGUAGCUGGGAGAGAGCUCUCCGACGCUCCAUGAAUUGGUACAAGCCUUGACACCGGAUGCAGGGAGAUCCUUGGUUCAACCAGGACAUGAGCAUUAAUGUGAAAAGCAGACACAAACGACCUCAGUUUUAAGUUAUAACAACCUUCAGCUGUCUCUAUUAACUCAUUUAAGGGCACGUCUUAAAUGGUACCACAAUGGUUUGUUGAUGGUGGCUUGUUAUUCGUCCUCACUAGUUUUUACAGCACUGAAUUGUUGUCGACAUACAAACUACCUUUUACUUGAUUUCUUUAUGGAACAACAUCAUCAUCCUUCUUUCUUUCCACACCUCAAGCCACUGGUGCCUGGUGUUUUAUCUAGAUGGGUUAAUCGUUGUACAUGUUCCCACGUGGGGGCGCUAACGAUUGACUUUUCACCUGUAUGAACGGCCAUAGCGACAGCACUGUGAGGGAAGAGACACAUUUGAAAAAGCGUAUUUUUCCUUUUAUCAUAGUUUUUUCUUGAUUUUAACAGUGAUUUUUCCAGGAAAUGUUGCUCCUCUAGAGAAAACAGACGUGUAGCUUUUUGGAAAGCUGGAGCAGUGUCAUUUUAAAUACUAAAUACUAUAAUGAAAUGGGAUUAUACUGUGGGGAAAGACUGAUUCCCUAUUAGGAUGUGUUUUUCUUUCUGGGAAUCCUACUGGAUUUUUGUAUUUCAGAACUUCUCUUUACCGCUUACCUCACGUCUGCAUUGGAAAUAAACCAGAGAUAGUGUCUUUGUUUGUGUAUUGACUGUGAGGGUGAUUUGUUACGGUACGAUUUGAAGCUUUUCUGUUAUCACUGUCAUAUAGUUUGACUCCGCUUAAUUAAUUAAUUACAUGUUUCUAUUACUGUUUGAAAAAUUAUACUUGACACCGGUGUGAAAUCAUUGAACCGGACAUUUUUUAAAUGCUUACAAGCAUGGAGCUGAGUUGAAACACAUACGAGUCAUGAUUCAAGGGUACUCCAAGGAUUCUUCCUUUGGCAUCACAAUCUGUCCCCCCUCCUUCCGAGGAGCGGUUGCUGAAUCAGCAUCCAAUGGUCACUUCGACACCACAGAGAGAAGGAGCAUUGCUGUCCAUGUUAUGAGGAGAUGAAAAAAGAACACUGAGUUGACUUGAUCCAUUGGUCACCUCCACACUAGGGGGAAGAUCGCAUUGUCAUUCAUGAUGAGAAAGAUGGAUAACCCAAGUCCCACUUCGAGAGGUCACAGACCUUCUGUCCACUCACUCUGAACCUUAUUUCAAGGUUCUGUUUUUUUAGAACAAAUUGAUCAGGGAUAUAAUUAUUUACUGGACUGUCAUGAAACAGAAAAGGGUACAUUAAUGUUUCUUGUCAAUAUAUGUUUUGUUACAAUUAUUUCCGUUUAUAGUUUAUUGUAAUGAAAUUGUUCCAUUGUGUACUCACCCAUGUUUAUGUCAUAUGAUAAUGUUUUUACUCAAGUCUUGACAUGACCUGGUGAACUCUGAUGGCAAUGUUAAAAAUUCCAAUGGCAUAAUAAAAUUCUAACAAAUUAUAAA